AUGGGUCGCGAGAUGAGGGCGCUCGCCGAGUUUCUGGGCGCCAUCCACGUCGGCGACCUGCCGGGGGUGGCCGACCUGCGCGCGCAGAGGUUCAAGGGCUGCGAGGGCGAGCUGGCCCCUCGGCGCCCCGUCGGUCUCGCAGCUCCGUCGGGGCGGAUGCCGGUCGGCUGGCUGGACGUGCGGCGGGCGAAACUCAGCGGGAUCGAG